CCUCAUCGUGGCUGCUGCUGGACGAGCCCUCUCCUCUUCCUCCUCCUCUUCCUCCUCCUCUUCCUCCUCUUCCUCUUCUCUUCACCGCAUCAUCACCUGAAUCUAAACGGAAAAGGACUCCAGAUGUCGGGAAUAUUUACCAUUAAGUUGCUGGCAUACUGGAGUAAAAUCUAAAAAUCAAUCUGGAGUUCCAUUAGGACUCUCUUAGAAGUAGAUUCCACUCCAUGCCAUGGAUGAUUGACUUUAAAGUGCUCUUUAUGGCACUGUAAACUGAGAGCGAUUUCCGAAAUGUGUGAACAAGCCGAGCCCCUCAGCCAGGGGCGUCUGAGGAAUAACAACCAGGAUGAUGUUUUACUGGCAGACGGGGAUGGAGACGGAGAUGCUAAUGCCAACGAGAUCCAGACUGACAACGGCAGCAGGGCAGGAAGUACCUCCACGCUCUCCGGACUGAUGACCAAAACAGCAGAGCAGGAUAAAGUGGUCAUCUGGGGAACGGACUCCCAAUGCGACGACCCUGAACUGGCUGAAUUCGAGAUGCUGGAGUGUCAAGAGCUGGAGGCGUAUUUAGUGGAGGAAGGAGAGGACUUUGUCGGACUUGCAGAGCGAAAAGAUCUUCAAGGUCAGAUCUGCGGCAAAGCCACAGCAGAACUGACAAAAGAUGAUAAACCCAAGGAUGAGAACUCAUUGCUGCGUGGCAUUGCUGAGCAGAAAUCCACUGCCUCUCAUUUAUCUGAGAGUAGAGACAUAUCCAGGACCGAGUUAAGCUCUGAAACUGAUGUCUUCAUGUCCUGUGUGUCCACCAUUUCGAGCCUGGCCGCUGCGAUAGACACUGUUGGCAGGACCCAGACGACAGACUCCUGGCACGUUGCCUCUGGUCCUUACUCAACCAUCUCCGAAGACCCGACUUUGGCCGACACUGUGUCUGAAAGAGUCAAGAGCUCUCAAACAGCCGGCCAUCGUUCUGUCUCUUCUGGAAAAAGCACAAUACGCCAGAAAGAUGUCGAUGUAAAUUUAAAUACAUUUAUCUCCGAGGAUGUUGUAUCCGAAGCACAAAUAAGCAAUGGAGUUGUUCAGUGUAGAGAGCAGACGAAGGACGAUGAACACAGGAAGAACAAUAACCAGAAAUGUUCCAUUACCGAACAACAUGCUCCUCCCACUGCAAAAACAGAAAGCAACAGUAAACUAGAUAAAAGCACACAAGCUGAUGAUGCCCCCUCUUUCCAGAAGUUCAGUCCGGCUAAGACCGACACUAAGGGUACUCAGUCGACCAUUGAAUCCAAAGCCAUGAAGAAACAAGGAUCAUUUGAUAACUCACUAAAGAAACAAAACUCUUUCGACAGGAGUUUCAAAAAGCAGCCAUCCUUUGAGAAUACUUUAAAGAAGCAGCUCUCUUUUGAUAAUAGCUUAAAAAAGCAGGGCUCUUUUGAGAACACAGCUACCUCCAGUUCUUCAAGUCUGGAGAGAAGGAAGCCAUGGGGAAGCCCCAGUCGAUCAGCGACUCCUGCUUCCCCCAAAAAUACAUCUUGCUCCCCCAAAAGACGACCCCCGAGUUCUCCGGCGAAGGUCCAGAACAUCAGGGCGCUGAGUUUGGAGCGUAGUGACUCCCCCCAGAGAGGUCUAAACCCAACGGUCAAACCACCAAAGACUGGUAUAAGCAGCGGUAUCCCCAAACCUGUAACAUCUCAACAGAAAGAACCCGAACCCAGGCGGUCGUCUCCACCGCAGAAGCCCAAAAACGUCCGACCAAAAAUCAUCACCUACGUGCGGAAGAAUCCUCAAGUGAAACCUCAAGGUGCCGAUAUCCCACAUGAGGCGUCUACGGUUCCGUUACGGUUGUCGUCUUAUUCCAGCCCGACAGCGCAGAAAGACCAAAAAGCUGGACCUCAAACCAAAGCCACACCAGUGCUGUGCUCCUCCAACCUCCUGUUUGAUAAGUACCGGCAGGAAAUGCAGAAGACGGGGUACGCUCCGAGUGGUCCUGUAUCUCAGAGGCUGGGCGGGAAGUCGGGCAGUUUUCAUGAAGACGUGUCCGAGAAAUACUCCCAGGAGCAUGUUUCUCCAGAUGGAGGCGGUGUUUAUCGCUCCCCCAGAGCUCUGAGGCCUCAGCUGGGGUUAGGGGCCGUCACCAGGCAGCCCGCAGCCAAGACACGAGUACAGCACACGGGUCAAAGGUCAGCCCCGCCCCCCAGCCAGGUGACCGGAGCACCUGGGCAAAGCUACCAGGACCCUGCAGGGGAGCAGAAGAGGUCGGGUCCAGAGAUUCCCCAUAAGAGUGUCUUCAAACCAGGCCAGUCCGGUCUCCGUCCUCCGGGGUUCUCCGCCCUCCCAGCUGCCCGUCUGGCGGCCUUUGGCUUCGUCCGGAGCUCCAGCGUCUCCUCUGUGUCGAGCAACCAAUCGAAUGACAGCGGUCACAGCGAUCCCUGCCGGCUUUCCCAGUAUCCCAGCAGUGGCAGUGAUGACACACCUCUUCAUAAACCCUCGGUGGCUCAGACUGAUGUCUCCCAAACUCAGAACCGCCCUCAGCCGCCGAACGCCCCCAGCCUGCAACGCCGCACGCUGCCGCCGCAGAGAUGCUCCCCACUGGCUUCUAGAAAAGACCUGCAGAGGGAACCGGAGGCUGCUCAACUACUCAAAUCAUCACCUAAAAGAUUUGCAAUGGUUUCACCCAAGCCUCAGUCCCCAGUCCGGGGGCGGACGGCGGUGGUCCACGGCGCUGUUCGGGCUGACAGGUCCCAGGAGCUGGACCGGGCUUUGAUCCAGCAGCUUCAGGAACGUUGUGAGCAGCAGGCAUUACAGCUGCAGACCCUCCAGGCCCAGCUGAAGAAGGCCUCCCUGUGCCUGGACGUCUUCACUAUCACCACCCAGCACUUCUGCCGCAAGAGUGAGAGUGCCAUUGUGAAGGAGAGGGAACUGUCCCUGGAGCUCGACAGAAUCAGGGAUGAAGUGGCGUUUAGCGUUGCACACUGGGAGCAACUGCAGCAGGAGAAGGAGGAACUGGAGCAUCAUUUUGAGGCUGAGCUGCAAGGAUUACGGGCUCAGCAGCAGAGGGAGCUGGGAGCCCUGGAGGAGAGGCUGAAGGUGCAGCACUCGACCGAGACCGAACGGCUGCAGGCCCAGCAACGCGCAGAACUCCAAGAGUUACGCAGCAAACAGCAACAGCAGAUUGAGGAGAUGAGUGAAAACCAUGAGGCGUCGUUGAUGGAAAUGGAGACGGCUCACAACGACACCCUGGCAACUCUGCAGGAAGAGCAUGCCAGGACUGUGAAAAAUUUAAAGAUGGCCCAUGAACAGCAGAGAAAGUCUCUAGAAGAGGAGUUUGAGAAAAUCAGACUGUCACUGCAGGAUCAGGUGGACACUCUGACGUUUCAGAACCACAGCCUCCGAGACCGAGCCAAGCGUUUUGAAGAAGCUCUGCGCAAGAGCACAGACGAGCAGAUUGUGGAUGCUUUGGCACCGUAUAAGCAUAUUGAGGAGGACCUGAAGAGUCUGAAGGAAGUGUUGGAAAUGAAGAACCAACAAAUCCAUCAGCAGGAGCUGAAGAUUUCAGAGCUGGAGAAAAUAGCUGAAAAGAAUGUUUACCUGGAGGAGAGACUGCAGGUGUUACAGCAGCAGAAUGAGGACCUGAGGGAACGUAUAGACAAGAACCUCGCCGUGUCCAGGCAACUCUCCGAGGAGAACGCCAACUUGCAAGUGCACGUGGAAAAGGAGAGCAACGAGAAGAAGCGUCUGAGUCGCACCAACGAGGAGCUGCUGUGGCGUCUCCAGACCGGCGAGCUGAGCCCUCACAUGUCCCCGACCUCGUCCCCCAUCCACCGGCCCGCCUCCGGACCGGGCUCCCCCGCCCGUCCACACUCCUACCAUCAAUGAGACUCAACGGAACCUCUCGGAUUAAACGCUUUCUGUUUCGUGGCAUAGUGUUUCACAAGCACUGAUGGUUUUUGGUUUUUUGUUUUUUUUUUUUUUUGAACUUACUGUUGAAUGUUCUUCAAUAAUUCGUUCCUCUGCAUCGUCGUUCUGAUGCAUUUUCAAAGUCAUAACCCAGGAAUUUCAGUCUGUGACAUGAAUAAUUAUUAAAAAGGGAAUUCUCUGCCCUGUGCUUUUUGUACUCUACAUUAACACCCACCCAAACGGUGCUGCAGUGGAUGAAAGAUCUGGUCCUAGUAGACUUCGGAGAGCAAGAUCAGAGUCACGGUGCCUCAUUUCCAUGUAUUUGUCUCCAUCUGCAUCUCCACCUUCUAAUGCAGCGCUCAGGAUGAUGGAUGUAGGGGACAUAACACAACGGGAACACAAGAAGCGCCUUUGUCGUCCAUUCUCUCCCACCAGCAACGUCUAUCAAGGCACAGCCAGUCGUUUGAGUAAAAUCACAAAACUACCUACAGUAAUUUUCUCUAGACAUGUGGAUUCCACUCCGGGGCAUGUUUACCUACGAAGUGUUUCACGUAUCAGGAGUGUACGAAUGACUCCGCAGCCAUCUAACCUCAAUCAUCCAUCCGUCAAUCUCCUCAAACAGCUGGAUAUCAGCGACGACCUGAAAUGUACGGUUACAAAAAACCUCUCAGAAAUCCAUUGAACUGCCAACUCAGUGCGACUUUAUUAUGAAUUCCAAUUUGUAAAAAACAAAAAUAACAAAAAAAAAAAACAGUCUGGUCAGCAUGUUCCGUCUUCCAGUUAUACUUACCUUUGGGUUUACCUGUAGUAUGACACAUAGAAUCAAGGGCAAAAGGCCGAGUCGCCUCUUACUUCUAACAGAGCGGUGUACGAACUAUAAACCAAGUGAUUAAUAAGUUCAUGUCAAAGAUUAAUCCUUCAUUUUUUUGUGACAUUGAGCCCCUCACCUUCAAACAAAAUGUGCAGGAUGUGUAAAAAAAAACAAAAAAAAAACACCAAAGUGAAAAUAAACAAAGCAAUUCA